AUGCUGUCGGCGCUGCUGAAGGCGGGAGCGCGGCGGCCGCUCUCUUUGCUCGGCGGCGGCGGCGGCGGCGGCUGUCGGCCUCACUCGACGGCCGCCCCGGGGAGGCCCUGCCGAGAAGACUCGGUCAAGCUGUCGGCCACACCGAAGUCCGGCCUGACGGACGAGGAGAUCCACAUCGAGGUGACGGGCCUGUGCCCCCGGCAGCCGGUCACGCUGCGGGUCCUGGUGUCCAACGACCGGGGCCACUUCUUCGACUCCUGCGCCCAGUACCAGGCCGACUCCCGGGGGGUGGUGGACCUGCGGAGGGCCCCGUCUUUGGGUGGCGACUACGUGGGCGUGGAACCCAUGGGGCUCCUGUGGUCGCUCUCCCCCGCCGCCAUGGAGAGACCCUACCAGCGGCUGAUAGCCAAGGACCCCGCCACCUGCCCCAUGGGGGUGGAGAUCUUCGUCCACGACGGGCACAGCGGCUCCGGGGUGCUGCCGGGCCUACUCCUGGCCAAGGACAAGGUGGAGCGGUGGUUCGCGAAGCCCGGGCUGAGGAAGAUCAGACUGAGGGAGGGGAGACUCCGGGGUACAUUGUUUAUGCCUCCAGGGGAUGGGCCCUUUCCAGGAGUGAUAGAUAUGUUUGGAGAUGUUGGUGGUUUAACUGAGUUUCGAUCCUGUCUGCUGGCAAGCCGGGGCUUUUGUGCUCUUGCUCUCCCUUACUUUGGUUUUGAAGACUUACCAAUGAACAUGAAGGAAUUUCAUUUGGAAUACUUUGAAAGUGCUGCAAAUUAUCUGCAGAAAUAUCCAAAGGUGAAGGGGCCUGGAAUUGGAGUGCUGGGAUCAUCAAAAGGAGGAGAUCUGGCUUUGUCAAUGGCCACCUUUCUACCAAAUGUGGCGGCAACCGUCUGUAUCUCCAGCUGUAAUGCAAAUACUGAAUCUGAAUUGCAUUAUAAAGACUGGACAAAGCGUGGCCUGACCUAUGAUAUGGAUAAAAUUGUUCUUUUAAAAACAGGAAUUCUGAAUAUAUAUGAAUCACUUGAAAACCCCAUGGCUGAAAAGAACAAAGAUACCAUUAUCCCAAUAGAAAAGGCUGAAGGGCAAUUUUUAUUUGUGGUAGGAGAGGAUGACAAGAUCUGGAAAAGCAGUUAUUUUGCUGAACAAGCCAUAAAAAGACUAAAAGAACAUGGCAAAAGUAACUAUGAGCUCCUCAGCUACCCGGGAGCUGGACACCACAUUGAACCUCCUUGUUCUCCAUAUUGUUAUGCCAGGAUUGAUAGACUCUUUGGGCUUCCAAUAGUUGGAGGAGGAAAUGCAAAAGAUCAUGCCCAUGCUCAGCAAGACUCUUGGCAAAAAAUUCAAAACUUCUUUCGUUUGCACUUAUGUGGAAGUGAAGUUGAAUGUACCUAAUCUGCUGAGUAGCUUUAAGCAACGUUAAACCAAUGGGUUAAAUAACAAUUUCAACAUGAUUUCUCUUGACUCAGCAGAAUAUGUAAUUUGAUUUUAAUCUUAUAUUGGGCAUUAAUUAUUUCACAACGUGAAGCACUGUAAUUUGUAUGCUACUUUAUGUCAUACCAUAAGUAAAAUAAACUGCCCCAUGAUUUUCUGAAACUAGCAUUAUAAUACCGAUAACAGCAUUAGCGAACAAAACUAGAAGUCACUGGGAACA